AUGAGCACAGCAGCUGAAGUCGAAGGCGAAUAUAAGGGUGACCUGCCAGACCGCGACAACACGACUGUCGACGAUGCGCCUGAGGAGUUCCCAGACGGAGGGCUACAAGCAUGGUCCGUGGUCUUCGGCUCAUGGUGUGGUUUCCUGCCCUGUUUCGGUCUCAUGAACACCACCGGUGUGUUUACGGACUGGCUCGCGACGCACCAGUUGAGCAACUAUUCGCGGUCCGAUGUAUCCUGGAUUUUCAGCAUUUAUAUGUUCUUCCUGUGGUUUGGGGGUGUUCAGAUUGGACCGAUUUUCGAUCGCUAUGGCCCCAGACACCUUAUGGCUGCAGGCACGAUUGGCCUCACGGGAGCUGUGAUGGCGUUUAGCGUUUCAACUGAAUACUACCAAUUCAUCCUCAGCUUCGGUAUACUUGGUGGCAUAUCUGCAUCCCUCCUCUCAAACCCCAGUAUCUCGAUCAUAAACCACUGGUUCUACAAGAAGCGUGGUAUAGCCACCGGAAUCGCCGUCACAUCCGGCGGGAUAGGGGGGAUAAUAUUCCCCCAGAUCUUCAACGCGCUCACGGCAAAGGUCGGGUUCGGGUGGGCAGUGCGCACAAUCGGCUUCAUCGCGCUCUUCUUCUGCAGCCUGGGUUCCAUCCUGCAACGUUCUCGGCUGAGCCGGGCCAAAACAAAGACGAAUCGUAAAACAAUCAACCUGCGCGAUUGUGCCGAGCCGUCGUUCAGCCUGACGGCGGCAGCGAUUGUCUUUGCGGAUAUCGGGGCCACUAUCCCGCUGACGUAUUUGACUUCGUAUGCGCGGGCGAAAGGGAUGGGCGUUGACAUGUCGUAUACGCUUAUGUCGAUUCUCAAUGCGACAAGUAUUGUGGGACGGCUGGUUCCUGGCUACGCGGCGGACCGGGUCGGGCGGUUCAACACGAUGAUUGUGACGGCUGCUGUAUCUGCGAUAUUAACGCUGGCAUUAUGGCUCAAGAGCGGGUCCAGCCACGGGGCUAUCAUUGCGUUUGCGGCGCUGUUUGGGUUCUCCAGCGGAUCGGCGAUUAGCCUGUCGCCUGUUUGUGUUGCUCAGAUAUCCAGGACGGAGGACUUUGGGAAGCGGUAUGGCACUAUCUAUACGUUUGUGGCGAUUGGUGUUCUCGUUGCUAUCCCGAUCGCUGGGCAAAUUCUUGAGCGGCAGAGUAAUGGCGAUAACCAGGUAUACUGGGGGCUUGUUGUGUUUUGUGGUGUGGUGUAUAUAGCUUCGGCGGUGUUCUUUGCAAUUGCGACAGGGGUGAGCACGGGGUGGAAAGCAAAGAGGUUUUAA